AUGGCAAAGCGUUGGAGUGCCAACUCUUUGGUGGCACAAAGACUUCGGAACCAAGACAUCCUGGACAAAAUCCACAGAGAAAUUUCCAACCGAAUUCCAAGCCAAGCUAUCCUGGACAGAAUCCAGCGGAGACUUCGGAACCAAGAUAUCCUGGACAAAAUCCACAGACAAAUUUCCAACCGAAUUUCAAGCCAAGCUAUCCUGGACAGAAUCCAGCGGAGACUUCGGAACCAAGACAUCCUGGACAAAAUCCACAGACAAAUUUCCAACCGAAUUUCAAGCCAAGCUAUCCUGGACAGAAUCCAGCGGAGACUUCGGAACCAAGACAUCCUGGACAAAAUCCACAAACAAAUUUCCAACCGAAUUUCAAGCCAAGCUAUCCUGGACAGAAUCCAGCGGAGACUUCGGAACCAAGACAUCCUGGACAAAAUCCACAGACAAAUUUCCAACCGAAUUUCAAGCCAAGCUAUCCUGGACAGAAUCCAGAGACUUCGGAACCAAGACCCUUCCACAGCCUGUAACAGAUCCAACGCAACCACAGCAUCAACAGCCUCCAACAUAUCCAAAGCAACCGCAGCAUCAACAGCCUCCAACAUAUCCAAAGCAACCACAGCAUCAACAGCCUCCAACAAAUCCAAAGCAACCGCAGCAUCAACAGCCUCCAACAAAUCCAAAGCAACCCCAGCAUCAACAGCCUCCAACAUAUCCAAUGCAACCGCAGCAUAACAGCCUCCAACAAAUCCAAAGCAACCCCAGCAUCAACAGCCUCCAACAUAUCCAAUGCAACCGCAGCAUCAACAGCCUCCAACAAAUCCAAAGCAACCCCAGCAUCAACAGCCUCCAACAUAUCCACAGCAGCCACAGCAUGGAAAGCAACCACAGCACAAUGUGCCAGACACACCUGGAGUGCUGUUUUGUGAUAUAGACCACCAUGUGAGAAUCCCAUGUGGCGGUCAUGGUAUCUCUGCUGAGGGAUGUCAAGCAAUAAACUGUUGCUUUGAUGGCCAACAGUGCUACUUCGGAAAAGCAGUGACUGUCCAGUGCACAAAGGAUGCCCAGUUCAUUGUUGUAGUGUCCAAGGAUGCGACUCUGCCCAACUUGAACAUCGAAACAAUUUCACUGAAUGGGGAGGGUCAUUAUUGUACAUCUGUUGGCUCCAAUUCAGAAUUUGCUAUCUUCCAAUUCCCUGUCACUUAUUGUGGUUCUAUUGUUACGGAGAGGCCUGGUGUUAUAAUCUAUACAAACAGGAUGUCAUCCUCCUAUGAAGUAGGAAUUGGGCCUAAUGGAGUCAUUACCAGGGACAGCUCCUUUGAAUUGCUCUUCCAGUGUAGGUAUACGGGCACCUCCAUAGAAACUGUGGUUAUAGAAGUAUUACCAUUGCUGGACCCUCCUCUAUCAGUUGCUGCUCUGGGACCUAUUCGAGUAAUACUGAGGCUGGCUAAUGGAGAAUGCUCAUCAAAGGGCUGUAAUGAAGUUGAAGCAGCCUAUACCUCUUUCUAUACGGAUGACGAAUACCCUGUGACUGAAGUACUGCGGGACCCAGUGUACGUGGAGGUUCUGCUCGUUGAAAAGACAGAUCCAAACCUUGUCCUGACUCUUGGUCGCUGUUGGGCAACUAAUUCCCCCAAUCCUCACGCACUGCCUCAAUGGGACCUGCUGAUAGAUGGGUGUCCAUACAGGGAUGAUCGCUACCUGUCCUCACUGGUUCCAGUCGAUGCCUCCUCUGGUCUGACCUUCCCAACUCACGCCAGGCGUUUCAUUUUCAAAAUGUUUGCCUUUGUGGACAGCAGCACACUAGAGCCCCAGAAGGAGCAGGUGUACAUUCACUGUAGUACAGCUGUGUGCACUCGUGCCGAAGGCCGCACUUGUGAGCCCUCAUGCUUCAGACAAAAGAGAGAGGCUGAAGCAUCAGACCAGACAAGGACUGAGCCAAAAGUGGUGGUAACUGUUGGACCUGUGAUCAUGGUUGACCGCUCACAUUCUGGCACCAAGUAAUGUUUCAUCUGGAGCAUUAAGAUGGUUCAGUUAAGCUAAAAACUAAAAAACCAAGUCUGCAACAGUAAGAAUUAAAUUUAUCACCAAAGUCUUGUAACCCAAUAUGUAUUAAAAAGAUUGGCUUUGAAACGCUA